AUGUCUUGGUUGGAACCAUUCGUGCAGGAUAUGCUUUCCGAGAUACAAGCUUCACUGGUCAAUAUCCCGGCGUGUUCAGUGGGCCAGGACAUAGCUAAGUCUUGGCUGUUCGCUUGUAGCUACAGCGAGUUCCGCAGUCUGGCAGGUACAUGCUUACAUGAAGAGGGCCACCAGUCGGUCGCAGGUGCCAGGGAUGAGCGCGGGAAUUUCCUGUCUCAAAGGACGGCAGAAUACCCGUCCCAGCUUGCCAGCAGCUUUUCAGACAGGGCAGUGAACCUCUUUUCUUCAGCCAGACCCUCAUACCCGGUGUCUCCCUGCUCUUUGAAGUUUGCGCUUGCCUCUAUUCCCAAAAAGCCACGCUCUACACCGCCCACGGCCGCACAGGAUGGUGGGGGCAUCUACUUCUUGCCGGACUGGUCUCUUGGCCCAAGGUACCAAUCCGACAGCUUGCAUGACCUGCGGAAGGAGUGGCAAUCUUGGCUGCUUGGGAAUAGAAUUCCUCUUCGUCUUCAGCAACAUGUCGCCGAAGCCAGCAAUAACCCACUUUUCUCGGCGGAAGAAACAGAGUGGCUUCGAUCGUCCUUCAAGCGCUUUUCAGACUCCCACUCUCCUUGCCAGGACUGGGAUUUCUCGGUGAAGGAGGGCCAGCCUUACUGCCUGUCUGCGCUGGAACGCUUAAGCACUAUGUUAGGCGACAAGGAUACUUCUCUCUUCCCCGCUUUGCAAAAAGGGGUUCCCACUGGCUUUGACGGCGACAUCCCACGCAGCCACACCCUGCGGCCUCGCAACUCGGACAAUGCAGAUGCUACCGCUGACCUGCUUGUCUGUGAAGGCAACUGGCAGGGAGCCGAAGCUGAUCCCGCACUGCUUCAGGAGCUGAUUGAGGAGGAAGUUUCUGCCGGCUACAUAGAGGAAGUGCCCAGCUUGGAAGCCGCUUACGAGAGGUGGGGUCGAGAACGUGUUGCAGUCGGCCGAGUCAACAUUGUCAAGGCUCCAGGUCGCGCUCCCCGCUUGGUGAUAGACAACAGCAUUUGCAACACGAACCAGAACUGCCACGUUCCUGAACAGUUCUCCCUGCCGAGCCUUCAGGACAUACAAGCUGCUUACCCUCCGAGGGAAGACGAGGAGCCGGUUUCCGGGUUCAGCUUAGAUGUGAAAGGGGCGCACAAAACAUCGCUUGUGCGGGAGCAAGACAGGGGCUUGCUUGGCCUCAGACAACAAGAACGCCUCUUCUUUUACCGCGUCUGCAUCCACGCCUACCUGGACGAUAAGCUUCGCUUCACAGGGGAAACACUUGCCUUCUUCGCCCACUUGAGCUCCAGGGAGUGGCGGCCACGGCCAUUACGACCACCACCUACAAGUUCGGUGGAGUCUGCCGCGGAUGCUUUCGGUAAAGGCAACGAUUGCGGCGUCGGAGGGUGGCUCCUCCUUCCAUGUGGCCGCUUGCUCUGGUUCUCUCACCGCUACACGGUCAAGGAUUUCCUCGACUUAGGUCUGCCAAUGCAACCCGAUGCCAACUUGGACAUCUCCAGCUACGAGACCCUGGCACAGUGCUUCGUGCUCCUGGCCUUUUGGAAACUUUCCAUGUGGAGCUCAAUUACCGGUGUCACUUUGGACUGCAGCCAUAUCGCUGGCGAGAAGAACAACGAUGCAGACCUGCUUUCUCGUUGGGAUGGCUCCACAGACCUUCCCGACAAGUUCCUCGCGUCGAAUCGCAUCGAGCUCUCGCUUUCUGAGUUCUGGCUGAUACGCUUUCAAGUGACACUCUUUCCCGCUGACACCUUUUUAAAAUGGCAGCUCCCGUCAGCUGACAGCUUGGGCCCGACAAACCGUGGUUCCAAGAAGCGCAAAUAG